AAGCCUGAAGCGUAUUGCCGCCCACUACGAUACGUGACCUAUGUGGAUUAGGAUAAAGUACUGCAAGGGACGCGACGCGAAACAAAGCUUUUAUUUUGUUUUUUUCCUCCUUCGACUUCGAACUAAUUUUUUAUACAGCUGCAGAAAUGGAAGAAGUAACCGUCAAAAGACAGUUCGAAGCCGCUGAUUAUGUGGUUUUAACGGCCAUGUUAGCAAUAUCUGUCGGAAUUGGUUUAUUUUAUGGAUGCACCGGUGGAAAACAGCAAACCACAAACGAAUUUUUGAUGGCAAAUCGAAACAUGAAUCCAUUCCCUGUUGGAAUAUCUUUAGUGGCCAGCUUUAUCUCUGCUAUUACUGUGUUGGGUACCCCAGCGGAAAAUUACGUGUAUGGGUGUAUGUAUUGGAUGUUUGGGUUCGCCUAUAUCUUUACUGGUCUUGCUUCAGCAUACUUUUAUCUGCCCGUUUUUUACAAUCUCGAAGUUACAAGUGCUUACGAGUACCUUGAGAAACGUUUCAAUAAAGUGGUUCGACUCAUGGGAAUGGUGACGUUCUCUUUGCAAAUGGUAAUUUACAUGGGAAUUGUCAUAUACGCACCUUCUCUAGCAUUAAAUGCAGUCACUGGUCUUGACUUAUGGGGAGCAGUGUUUGCUAUCGGUAUUGUGUGCACCUUUUACACAACCAUUGGAGGCAUGAAAGCAGUGUUGUGGACUGAUGUGUUCCAGGUUACUGUAAUGGUGGUAGGAUUCGUGGCGAUAAUUAUCAAAGGAUCCAUGGAGGUGGGAGGUUUGGACAGGGUUUGGAACAUCAGUGCGGAAGGCGGUCGCAUUCAAUUCUUCGAUUUUAACCCGGAUCCGACCGUGCGUCAUACAUUCUGGUCAGUAGUCAUCGGGGGCACGUUCACAUGGACAGCUGUUUACGGUGUCAAUCAAUCUCAAGUUCAACGGUACUUAACAUGUGGAAGCGCAAAUGUAGCAAAGAUUGCUUUGUUGAUUUCCACCAUCGGUAUGGUGAUAGUCGUAUGUCUGGCGUGUCUGUCAGGCCUUGUCAUGUACGCCGUGUAUGCUGGCUGUGACCCGUUGCAACGAGGCGAAGUCGCCAAAAGUGAUCAGUUGAUACCAUACCUAGUAAUGGAUCUCUUUGAUCAAAUGCCAGGCCUUCCCGGCUUGAUUACUUCUGCCGUAUUCAGUGCUGCUCUCAGUACUGUUUCUUCGGGACUGAAUUCAUUGGCUGCUGUGUACGGGGAAGAUGUUGUCAAACUUGUAUGGCCAGAUAUGGAAGAAAGUAAAUAUACUAAAAUCACAAAAGGCCUUGCCGGUUUCUUUGGAUUGCUGAGUAUGGGAAUGGCAGUGGUGGCGUCAUAUAUGGGGGAUGUUCUCCAGACUGCUCUGAGUAUAUUUGGCAUGAUUGGCGGCCCCCUCUUAGGUCUAUUUUCACUUGGAAUAUUUUUUCCUUGGGCAAACACCAAAGGUGCAAUUUUUGGACUAAUAUCUGGACUCUGCAUGUCAUUCUGGAUCGGUAUUGGUGCACAAUUCUACCCCCCAUAUGUUGAAAAACCACCUCUAAGUACGUGUUGCUGUGGUGCUGAUGUAGGCAAUUUCACUAUGAUGUUUGUUAGCACCGAUGAGUACACAACCUCAUCCAUGACCACCAUGAUGACCAUGGAAAUGCCAGAAGAGAGGCCUGCAAUUGCAACUUUGUACUCGAUUUCCUACUCCUGGUAUAGUGCUAUCGCCUGGUUGACUGUAAUUGUAGUAGGACUUAUUAUUAGUUUUGCAACAGGACCGAACGACCCGGCUGAUAUUGACCCUAAGCUAUGUUGUUCUCUUGUUGACACAAUGUAUUGCUGCUUACCAGAGAAAAUCAAGAAACCACUACGAUGCGGUGUUAGAUACGAUCAACAAUGGCACGUUGAUGACAUAGAGACUGAAUACAAGGUUGUUAGCAAUAAAGAUGGGAAAAAUGCUAGAGCAAAAGAUGAAACCAAGCUUUAAAGCAGAGUUUCCUGAUUUUAUUUUCUGUUUUGUACUUGCGUCCCGGGUAAUGACGUCUGAAUUUGUACUUGCGUCCAGGGUAAUGGCGUCUGUGAAUUUAGGAUUGUUUAAGUCCUUAUGAACGACACCAUCUAUUUAUUUGCAUACUUUUUGACUGAUUGCAAAUAAAGAGAUUUUGUUUACAUAAUUUUCAAAACAGAGUUGUUUUCUCUCUUGAAUCAUUAUGCAAAUAAGAUCAUGAAUAUUGAUACAAUUUUACCUUGUUUGUUUAUGAUUAGUUUUUAAUUAAAUAGAGAGCACGAAUCACAAGUUGGUGUUCUUAAUGUCUUCCAAAAUAGUAUAACAAGGUUUUUGGAUCUUUUAAUUCUUAAAUGUAUGUUAAAGACAUUUAUUGUUUUAAUUCAAAACAUGUUGUUUCUUGUGCGGUUUUGUAGUUUUGUAAAUUAUUUUUGUUCCGUUUUUAAAUAACAUGUCAUAAAUGACGCUCUUGAGUUUAGUAAGUCAUUGUUCAAGAUAAAAAAAAAA